AUGUAUCGAUUGAAUCGACAACAUUGUUAUUUGUGUGAUCUGCCUCGAACACCUUGGGCGAUGAUUUACGAUUUUUCCGAAACGGUUUGCCGCGGUUGCGUUAACUAUGAAGGUAAAGUAUAUCUUAUUGCUCCGUGUUGUUUUCCCAAGUCUCGACAUGAUUUCAUAGGUGCUGAUCGAAUUGAAACAAUCAUUGACAAUGCGCGUAUACUUCGACGUACCUCCUUAACCGAUCGAUCUAAUAAUCUAACGUCUUCGAAAUCGUUCUUGCCAUCUUCAUCAACUCUUCUUCCAACGAGCAGUAAUUCUUAUGCAUAUAAAUCUCCAUUGAAUGGUCAUCAUCGGCCAUCGCUUCCGUUCAUGCCUUCUCGUUCCACACAUCUGAUGUCAUCGUCAUUAUCACCCCCGAACGAAACAACUCUUUCUUCUCAAGAACCUGACGAUCUUUCCUUACCAGAAAUAGUCAAAGAUAGCUUACGCUUAUUAACAGCAUCAACUCCGUUUGAUAUCCGUCUUAAACGAGAUCCUACUAUUCAAGCUCGUCUAUUCUUAUACGAUUCUCAUCAACGCCAUACGUCAACAGGUGGUACAAGCGAAUACGAAUUACGAGUAUUCACAGAAUAUCCCAUUGGCUCGAAUAAUGUUCAUGCAAACAUCAAUUCUCUCUUUCGACAAAUGAAUUCCGAUGUCAAACAAUCAUCAUCCAAUGAAGACAGUAACCAAUCUACGAAAAAUCCCUACAAAGCACUGGAAUAUCGAAUCAAAUCAUCAACUGAUCACACCUCAACUGAAUGGCAUUUAUUAAAUGAUCUAAUUAAUGAACGUGUACGUGCAUUUAAAGAACUACCGAACCAAAAUCUUCUACCUGAAGUUCAUCUUGAUCCAAAACAGAUCAAACUACCAUCGAUUCGUAAUUCCAUAGCGAAACGUAAGCAUAAUGAUGCUGACAUGAGUUGUAUUAAUAAAUACCGUUUGUCCAAACGUCUACGUACACAUCAAUCCAAUAACGAGACUUUAUCUGCAUCCAUACCAUUAUUGAUUCUUCGAUGUAGUGAUUGUCACCAAGUUCUCGAAGACACACAUUUUGUUCAAUGUCCAUCGACGUCGGAACAUCGAUAUUGUUUUCCAUGUUGUAAGAAUUUUAUUAAAAAACAAACAGGUGACAAGGAAAUUUACUGUCCAAGCGGCUUGAAAUGUCCACUGGUUGGUUCGGCGAAUAUCCCAUGGGCAUUCAUGCAGACAGAAAUUGAAACAAUACUACAUACAAGAUCUCCAUCGCCUCAAAAGUCGAAUUCGCCAACAUCAAGUUUGACUGUCAAACAAGAAGCGGAAGCUUAG